UUUUUUCUCCAAUUGUUUGAUGUGCAUGCGUGCAGGCCCCAAACUGUUCCAUCUCUGCGUUCACUUCGUGAGGGACCUGAGUUGCCUGAUUUUUGGUCUCUCCUCCUCGCUGCGGAGAAUGUCGAUUGUCCAAAGGAUGGCUUCAAACAAGGCUUCUUCGGCUGCGCUCACUUUUGAGCUGGUCGCCAAAUGCUCCGUAAGUGGAAGAUUGUCUAUUCUUCUGGAAUCCGAAGGCUGGGAAUCAGGUCUCCAUACAGCAGCUGGAUAUCAAGUUCCGUCCGUAUAAGUGAGAUCUGGAUCCGGUUUUGCACCCAUCGCAAAGCUUUCGCAAUCGCCAAACGGACCGCAAUGGAUGCCCGUCACUAACGUUAACAAACGCGUUGAACCUAGACAACUAGGGCUCGCGCUUCCAUCCUGACUCUUCCUCAUGGACCGGUCAACCUCCCCAUCUUCAUGCCCGUGGCUACUCAGGCUUCCCUCAAGGGCAUCACCCCGGAGCAGCUUGAGGCUACAGGAUGCCGCCUUUGUCUCAACAACACUUACCAUCUAGGAUUGAAGCCUGGCCAAGAGGUCCUUGAUGCCGUUGGCGGCGCUCACAAACUUCAGGGCUGGAAGCAUAACCUGUUGACGGAUAGUGGAGGUUUCCAAAUGGUAUCUCUCCUUAAGCUCGCCAAGGUUACCGAAGAAGGAGUUCGCUUCCUCUCUCCCCACGAUGGAUCGCCCAUGCUCCUCACCCCCGAACACUCAAUGAGCCUUCAAAACUCGAUUGGAUCCGACAUCAUGAUGCAGCUUGAUGACGUCUUGGUGACCACCCACCCGGACAAGGCCCGUAUGCGCGAGGCCAUGGAGCGCAGUGUACGCUGGCUGGAUCGCUGCAUAAAGGCCCACAAGAACCCGGACCGCCAGAAUCUGUUUUGUAUUAUUCAGGGUGGUUUGGACCUAGAGAUGCGCAGGGAAUGCUGCCGUGAGAUGGUGGCUCGCGACACCCCAGGCAUCGCCAUCGGAGGUCUCAGUGGUGGUGAGGCCAAGGAUGAUUUCUGCAACGUUGUGGCUACAUGCACAGAGCUUCUUCCCGACUUGAAGCCUCGCUAUGUUAUGGGUAUUGGCUACCCCGAAGACCUGGUCGUCAGCGUUGCUUUGGGAGCCGAUAUGUUCGAUUGCGUCUGGCCCACACGUACGGCGCGGUUUGGCAAUGCCAUCACAAAGCACGGUGUGCUCAACAUGAAGAAGGAACAAUAUGCCAAGGACUUUGGCCCAAUCGAGGACGGUUGUGGGUGCCCAUGCUGCAGGCCUAUCGACCAAGAGGGAGCCAUUGGCGUCACAAGGGCCUUUGUACACCACAAUUCGGCCAAGGAGACGGUGGCAGCACAUCUGCUGACCAUACACAACGUGUGGUAUCAGCUGCAUCUCAUGGGGGGUGCCAGGGACGCCAUCAUUGCCGACAAGUUCCCGGCCUUUGUGAAGGAGUUCUUCAACAACCUGUACCCAGAUAGGAAGAGCUACCCGUCGUGGGCUGUAAACGCUCUAAAGAACGUAGGUAUUGACUUAUUUGAAAGCUGAGGCCGCUUGGAGCUUGGUUCAAACUCCCCACACUUUCCAUCUUGUUGUUUGCCC